GUAAUUUCUAUCAACUUGCUCCAUGUAAAAAUAAUAGGAAUGAGAAAUCUCCGGAAGGCUGACUUGUUAAGCCAGUCCGAUUGCUAUGUGGAACUGUGGCUGCCAACUGCCUCAACUCAAAGGGUCCGGACCAAAACAAUCAAAAACUGUAAAAAUCCAGUCUGGAAUGAAACCUUCUGUUACAGGAUUGACAGUCGUCUUAAGAACAUGCUGGAGCUGAAAGUCUGUGAUGAAGAUAGAUUCAGCAACGAUGAUGAACUCUGCACAGUUCUUUUUGACGUAGCUAAACUUCAAGUUGGGUAUAAAGGUCGUGUGAAGUUUGUGUUGAAUCCCCAGGAACAGGAGGAGCUGGAGGUGGAGUUCAUACUGCAGAACCUUCUGGACUGUCCUGAAAACAUCAUUACUAAUGGAGUACUAGUGUCUCGUGAAGUUUCCUGUUUGGAAGUUAAUGGGCAGGCAAAGAAGCUCAAGCAACAAUCCACAAAGGAGGAACUCACACUUACAGUCAAAGGAUCCUAUGAAGAAACCCAGAAGAUUUCAUUGGAUGCUGACUCCAGCCUCAGGAAUAGAGAUUCCACUGUGUUUCACUACGUAAAGAAUAACCAAACAAAAUUGGAUGUUACACUGCCAAAGAAGAUGCAUGACUGUGGUCAGACCUCAGAUAAAGAAGAAUCCCUGCCUCUGCCUCUAAAUUCACUCCCUUUGCAAAAGAAAAUAACAAUAGCAAUGGACAAAACAUCUGACUUGCAUGUGAAGGCAAAAGGCUGGCCAAAAGACAUGGACGUGCGCUUUGGGUUUGACUUGUGCACAGAGGAGCAGGAUUUCCUGUGUAAAAGGAAGAAGUAUGUUGCUGCUGCUGUGAAGAAAGUGCUCCAGCUAGAGGAGGACCUGCAGGACCAUGAAGUGCCGGUGGUGGCAAUCACGACAACAGGGGGUGGGACAAGAUCAUUAACAGCAAUGUAUGGCAGCCUGUUGGGUCUUCAGAAACUGAAUAUCUUCGACAGUGUUUCUUACAUAACUGGUUUAUCGGGCACUACAUGGACUAUGGCAAACUUGUAUGAAGAUGCUAAUUGGUCACAGAAGUAUCUGGAGGAAGCAAUCAAUAAAGCUCGGAAGCAAGUGACCAAAUGCAAGAUUAAGGGUUUUACUUUGGACCGUCUGAAGUACUAUUACAAUGAGCUGAAAGAGCGGCGCCAAGAAGGACACAACACGUCUUUUAUAGACUUGUGGGGACUCAUGGUUGAAUACAUGCUACAUGAUGAGAAAGAUAACCAUAAACUCUCGGAUCAGCGACAGGCAAUCAAUGAGGGCCAGAAUCCGCUGCCCAUUUACCUGGCUAUCAACCUCAAAAACAGCUAUAGUGCUCAAGAUUUUAGAGAAUGGUUGGAGUUCACUCCCUAUGAGGUGGGAUUCUGGAAAUAUGGAGCAUUUAUUCGCUCAGAAGAUUUUGGAAGUGAAUUUUUCAUGGGAAGGCUGAUGAAGAAGUUCCCAGAAAGCCGGAUUUGCUACAUGGAAGGCAUGUGGAGUGGUAUAUUUUCCUUGGACGUGAUGUACUUCUGGAAUUUAGCCUUUGAUUCAGAGGACUUCUGGUACAGAUGGACUAGAGACCGAGUAAAAGACAUUGAGGAAGAUCCUGUUCUGCACAUAAAGCCUCAUGACACAGAGACUCGCCUGUUGACUCCUGCAGGCGUCCUUUCUACUGCUUUCCGAGAUGUCUUAACAGGGCGCCCAACAAUUGCAGAAUUCCCUAAUUUCCUAAGGGGCUUCCAGAUGCACAAUGAGUACCUGGAGAAUGAGCAUUUUUCUACAUGGAAAGACACUGUGAUAGACACUUACCCUAACAAACUAAUUGAAACAGCACAGCACCCUCUAUCCCUGGCAGAUACUGGAUUUUUUAUCAAUACCAGUUACCCACCACUCUUGAUACCUCAGAGGAAAGUGGACGUCAUCCUGCAUUUAAAUUACAGUGGAGGAUCACAGACAUUGCCUCUGGACCUAACUGUGAAGUACUUCUCAGAGCAGGGAAUCCCAUUCCCCAGAAUCGAGAUGAGUGACGAAGACCGGAAAAAUCUAAAGGAGUGCUAUCUGUUUGAAGAUGCUGAGAAUCCAAGAGCUCCUAUAGUGCUUUUUUUCCCAUUGGUAAAUGACACCUUCAAAAAAUACAAAGCUCCUGGUGUGGAACGCAGCCCCACAGAGAUGGAGGAAGGGAAAGUUGAUGUCUCCAGUCCCCUUUCCCCAUAUACUACAAGGGAGGUCUCAUUUAGUGAAGAGAAUUUUGACAAUCUGGUGAAAAUGACUGACUACAAUAUCCUGAAUAAUGAAAACUUGAUUAUUCAGGCCUUGCGCACAGCAGUGGAACGGAGGAAACAGCAAGCUCCCAUAUGCUAUAAGGGAGCUCUCAUUCAGUAA